CUAUAGAAAAUUAUUCUACAACUUCAAUCAGUGGUGAUCAUCGUAUGGAUGCCCCUAAAUCCAUGUCACGGAGGCGGAAGUACUCCGAAGGCACUAGAUUGGUAGGCAUAUUCCUCCCUCAUGAACUCAUUACACAAAUCCUUUCAUUCCUUCCGGUAAAACACCUAAUGCAACUAAAGUGCGUCUGCAAGUCAUGGAAAACCCUCAUCUCCAAUGAUUCCACACUCGUCAAAUUACACCUUAAGCGAUCUGCAAAGCGCGUUGCACUAUUUUCAUUCACAUGCAAUAAAUCCCGAAAGUUAUGUUCCGUACGUUUCCCGAAAGUUUCUUUUGAAAAAGGAAAAGAACCUAAACAAAAAUUGACCGAUGCCUUUGGUGCAUUCCUUUUUCCCGUUGGUUGUUGCAAUGGAUUGCUCUGCUUAGUCGGUUAUUAUUUGACCAGUGAUCAUCAUGCAGAAAUCUGGCUUUAUUUAUACAACCCAGCAACCAAGAUAUUCUCUAACAAAAUUGUGUUUCUUAGCAAGCCUCGUGCAUAUUACCUUCAUUUUGGGAUUAUAUUUAGAUUUCAACAUGGGUGGAAGUUUGCCUUUGGUUAUGAUAAUUCAACCGACACAUAUAAGAUUGUGGCGUUCUGUCUAUUGACAAACGAGGUGAGAGUUUUCAAUUUUGGUGAUAAAGUUUGGAGAAAUAUUCAAAGUUUUCCCGUUGUCCCUGUUGACCGUGGCGGUUUCCCUUCAGAUUUGCAGUGUCAUCCGGGUAUCAAUAACGGUGUGUAUGUGAAUGUGAGUGGGACUCUUAACUGGUUGUCCAUUCAAAAUAAUUUCGAAUAUAAAAAUGAAAUUGAUUGGGAACAUAUUACUAUUGACCAGUUUGUGAUCAUCUCGCUUGAUUUGAGUACUGAGACAUACCUUCAGUUGCUACCCCCAUCGGAUUUUGAUAAAUUGCCAUGUCUUCAGCCAACCCUUGUUGUGUUGAUGGACUGCCUUUGUUUAUCAUUUUCUCAUGGUUUUGAUGGAACCGAUUUUAUUAUAUGGCAGAUGAAGGAAUUUGGAGUUCAAGAGUCUUGGACUCAACUUCUUAAAAUUAGUUAUCGGAAUCUCCGAAGCUUGAUGUCUUAUGAUUACGAAUCGCUCUUGUUCCCGGUGUGUGUUUCUGGGAAUGGUGAUACAUUGAUAUUGGCUUGGGGUAAAAGUAAUGAGAAAGCAAUCCUCUGUACUUUGAGUGAUAAUAGUGUAAAGAAAUCUAGAAAAUUUACCAAUGAAAUAAGGUGGUAUCUUGCCAAAGAUUACGUUGAAAGCUUGGUCUCGAUCGAUUGAAAAACAGAACAUGCCUUAUGAAGGGAUGACAAAAGUCUUCAAGUGUGGAAGCAAUUAGUGUUUUGCAUCUAAAUAUUUUUAUUUAAUUUUACCAUAAACAUCUAUAAGUUUGUAAUGAUUUUUCCAAAGGAAGAACUAUAAAUUUAUUUGUCCUUUAUGCUUGUGUUUACAUGAGAUGAUGAGAAUGAUGUAUUUUUAAAGUUAUAGCAAAACAUGGGCAAUCUAUGAAGCAGUGUGGGUAUCA